CCUUUUUCUUAAUAUAAUUAUAAUAUUCUGACUAUUUUACUGUCGUCAAGAUUCAGACGAUUACAUAAUCAGCACUCCGAACAACCGGCGUUCCUGAUUGGCCGAUCGGCGUUAAGGCACACCCGCUGUCGGCGAUACCGAAGACGACUGUCCAGAGUUCGAGGCUUCUCCGAUGAAUGCGGCGAUCAUAGCAGUCUCCGCCAUUGUAUUUCUGACUGAGCACGUCAUAUAUUCCCUCCGCGGUAGGUCUGUUACAGCACGAACUUACGAACCAUCGGGGAUGGACCUUGCUGCUCUAAACUCCGAAUAUGUGGGAGGUAUAAACUGGGCCGCCUGCAGGCGGUUGUUGGGGAUAGAUGAAAUCUACCCCUCCAACUUUUGAAUAAUUAAAUCUACCACUCUAUUCACUACAAGAUGCCUGUCCACGGCCAAUAUACCACUGAAAAAGUGCAGUAUCCGUCUCACGGAGAGACCGUUGCCGGUGUCCUUUUCCGCCCUACCAACGUGGCCAACCCUCCUGGAAUCGUCGUUACGGGUCCAUACUCGUUUGUGAAAGAACAAGCCCCCUUGCAAUAUGCAACACGCCUUGCAGAUGAAGGGUACGCGGCCUUGAUCUUCGACCCCCGCACCGUCGGCGAGAGCACCGGCCAGCCGCGACGCCUGGAGAACCCCAAAAUGAAGAACGAGGAUAUGAUUGCCGGGCUCGACUACCUCUGCUCGCGUGGCGACGUCGACAAAUCCCGUCUCUUCCUGGUUGGCAUUUGCCAGGGCGGCCCUGAGUCCCUGGAUGUUGCUUCAUACGAUGCCCGCGUUUCCGGCGUCGCCUCCGUCUCUGGGUACUAUCGCGACCAUGAGACCGAUAUCUAUAUGAUCUGCGCUGGAUGCGUUGCUUGGGAGCCUGGUGCUGAUAUCGGGGCUAUGAAGAUGCCGACCCCCGAACAGGGUGAAGCCCUGCUGAAAGCGCGCAUUGAGCGAGCCAAGCAGGCCCGAGAGCUGUAUGAUAAGACCGGAGAAGUUGUGUAUCAGCCGCUUGUCGACCCAAAGGCCGCUGACCCUGACACUGGCGCAUUAGCCGGCCUGCCCGGUCCGGUGGUCUGGUCCUGGUAUGGGCCCUGGACCCUGAAGGGGUUCGAGAACCGGUAUGCGGUGAUGAGCGAUCUGGACCACUUCGAGUAUACCACUGUCCCUGGCGUCGCUAAGCUGCAGAAGCCGGCGCUGCUGAUCCACGGUGACAACUGUAUGAAUGCGGACGCGGCGAAGCGUCAUUACGAGUCUAUCCCCACCACUGAGAAGAAGUUGAUCUGGAAAAAUGAGAUUUCGCACUUUCAGCACUAUGACCAGCCUGACGCGGUCGACCGUAAUGUGGGCGACAUUGCGGCUUGGUUUGCCAGCGUCAAAUAAAGUAUAAUUAG